AUGGCACCCAAAGGCGACACCAUCAAACUCGCCAUCCUGGACGACUAUGCCUCCAUCGCAACAACACACUUCUCGCCACUGCAGAAAUCACACCCAAACCUCGAAAUCCACAGCUUCCCAACAACCCUCAACGCGAAGCUCGAGCCCGAACAUGCCGAGCUCAUCUCACGCCUCUCACCCUUCACCAUCAUCUCAUCAAUGCGGGAACGCACCCAGUUCCCACGCUCGGUGCUCAGCGGGCUCCCGAACCUCAAACUCCUCAUCACGACGGGGAUGCGCAACGCGGCGAUCGACGUGGCGGCCGCGACGGAGCUCGGCAUCACGGUCGUGGGCACGACGGGCAAACGCAACGCGGCGCCGGGCUACGAUGCGACGAACGAGCAGGCCUGGACGCUGAUCCUGGGGCUCGCCAAGGACGUGGUCGGCGGCGACGCCAGCAUCACGGCGAGCGCGGACGGGCUGGGGUGGCAAACGGGACUGGUGAGCUCGCUGGGCGGUAAGACCCUGGGGCUGCUGGGCCUCGGGAAGCUGGGCACCCAGGCCGCCGUGACGGGCAAGCUGGGGUUUGGCAUGGACGUCCUCGCGUGGAGUAGCAGCCUCACGCAGGACAAGGCCGACGCGGCGGCCGAGUCGCGCGGCUUGCCGAAGGGCAGUUUCCGCGUGGCGGCCUCGAAGGAGGAGCUGUUCCGGUCGGCGGACGUGCUUAGUGUGCAUUACGUGCUCUCGGCCCGGUCGAGGGGCAUCGUGGGCAGCAAGGAGCUGGAGAUGAUGAAGCCCUCUGCCAUCCUGGUGAAUACCUCGCGGGGCCCGUUGGUGGAGCAGAUGGAUCUGAUUGCGGCGCUGGAGCAGGGCCGUUUGAGGGGCGUCGGCCUGGAUGUUUUUGAGACCGAACCCCUGCCCAAGGACAGCCCCUGGCGGAGGACGAAGUACUGGGGCCAACAGGGCCGCAGCCGAGUCCUUUUGUCUCCGCACAAUGGAUAUGUCGAGGAGGAGACUAUGAAUUCCUGGUAUGCUCAGCAGGCUGAGACGGUGAAGAGUUGGAUCGAGGGCGGAGAGUUGCUAAGGAAGAUUGAGUAG